AUGCCCGGCCGUCUGCUGUCGAGCCUGGUACGCUCAUCCUCGCCACAUGCCAUCACAUCAGCUUCCCGCUCUCCGUCGACUACCUCUGUGAGCGACACGCCAUCUACAUCCAACACAUCGUCCAAGAGAAACUCCUGGUCUUUCCCCUCGGCCGACGGUCAUGACAGCACCAUCGAAAACCGCAUCUCAGCAGCCAUGGAGCACAUCAUUCACCCUCACAAGGAAAAACGCAUAAGCCUGGGAAGGUCCUCUCGGUCCAAGGAGCGCAGCAAAUCCUCAAAAGAAAUUCCGCGUGCUGUUUCCGGCCCGAAGCUCGACGUGGUCAUCGAGUCACCCCCACUUGUUUUCUACGGCACUCCGGCCAGCUCGACGGGAGCUUUGUUUUCUGGACGUAUGCGCGUUACCGUCUCUGAGCAACAGGGUUCAGCCACUUUGAAAGAAUUCAAGGUCGAUCUCACCAAGACAUUCACAACCAAGAAACCAAUCUCCAGGGACUGCUCCGGCUGCGCUUCUCGUGUCGAGAUCUUGAAGAAGUGGGACUUUUUGACGGAAUCCGUGACCUUGAAAAAGGGAGACCAUGACUUCCCCUUCAGCUACUUGUUCCCAGGAGACCUGCCUGCCAGCGCUUCAGGAAAUUUGGGUGUUAUUGAAUACUGGAUCAUCGCUCGCGCCAUCACUACCACCGGAGCCGAGAUCGUCAAGAAGGUCCCUCUUACCGUUCACCGUGCCAUCUUGCCUGGUAACGACCGCGCCUCUGUCCGCAUCUUUCCCCCGACCAAUCUGACCGGUCGAGUCAUCCUCCCGUCUGUCGUACACCCAAUUGGCGCCUUCCCAGUUCAAAUGAGCCUCAGCGGCGUUGUUGAGAAGGGGGAAGAGACUCAAACUCGAUGGAGACUCAGGAAGAUGAUGUGGCGUAUCGAGGAACACCAGAAAGUAGUUUCCAGCUCUUGUGCAAAGCACGCCCACAAAAUUGGCGGUGAAGGAAAGGGCGUUCUACACCAGGAGACUCGCAUUAUCGGCCACAACGAGGAAAAGACUGGUUGGAAGACGGAUUUUGACACUGCUGGUGGUGAGAUCAACAUGGAGUUCUUGGCCAACAUCAAGCCCGGAAGCAAGCCCAUCUGCGACCUCGACGUCAAGGGCCACAUGGAAGUCAAGCACAACCUCGUCAUCGAGCUCAUCGUUGCGGAAGAAUUCUGCCCGAACCGGAACACCAAGCUCAUUACUCCUACCGGCGCUGCCCGUGUCCUGCGUAUGCAGUUCAAUCUGCUCGUCACUGACCGCAGUGGCUUGGGAAUCAGCUGGGACGAGGAAAUGCCUCCUGUCUACGACGACGUUCCCGCCAGCCCUCCCGGAUACUUCAGCGUCAAUGGUGGCUGCGAAAUGGAAGACUACGUUGGCUCGCCACUUCCAGAUCUGCCCGACUACGAAGAUCUUGAACGCCUAGAUCGGUCCGAGCAUUCCUCCCUUUCGGGGCUAUCACGCGAGAUGUCUCGAUUGACAGCCGACGAUCUGAUUGCCGAGCCUGAAGUGGCAGCCCCUCGCAGCACUGCCCAGGCGGAGGCAGAAACACCAGACGUUGUUGAAGCCGGAAACAUCGAAACAGGCGAAACUGCUUAG